AUGGAAUUAACAGAAGAGAACGCUCAAGCAGGUGAUAGAGCGUAUCUGAAUUUAGUUUUACUUCAAGCAUUGGGUUCAGAUCGGACAAGCUUGAUUUGGAGUUCAAUAUGGGGAUUGAUGAUUCAGUCUUGCUUAUUAGGGUACAUAUUAUCUCGAAUCUGGGGCUUCAUUGAGAAGAGGACUAGAUUCUCGCAGAUCACUUUGGGGAGCAUUUGUCUAAGCGUAUCUAUGCUCUUAAUCGAAUUUGGAUUUACUGCCGAUCAGACUUAUCGAAUACUAUCUUCAGAUUACGUGGAUAUAGCACUUGAUGAUUCUAGGAGGAAUAUGGCAAGUGUCGUUGUCUGUGGGAUAUUAGGAGCUUUCUCUAUGAUGAACGGAUGUAGGGAAUUAUGGAAAAUGAAACCAAGAAAAUCAAUUAUGAUACCUCUCAUCACAGGAUCGAUAGGUUCAAUUGGGAUCAAUAUCGGUGUAAUUGUUGUUGGAAGUAGAAUGCCUCAAGCAAGUGUAUCAAAUCUCAAUUCAGUCUCACGGUGGAUAAAGGAAUUAGGAAUAUUGUUCAGGUUAUGGUUGGGAUUGAGUUUGGUUCUUUGUAUUUGGAUCUGGGUAGCUUUGAUACUUGCAAUAAACACGAAUAUGAAAGAAAGGAGAGAAAAGUUCAUUGCGAAAAGAAGAACAAGUGAAGCUAUGAUAUUGCCUACUCUAAACCUUAUCAUCUUAAUGAUUUAUACUUGCGUAGAGAUCCUUUCUUUAGUGAAUGUAUCUCGAACCUUAUUCCAGGCUUUGUCAUACUCAUAUCUCGUAUCGUCUCUUCAUUUCAUUAUACAUUUUCAACAAAAAGUUGGAUUGGAAGAAGAAGGGAAUCACGAAUCAUCGUCUGUUUAUUAUACAUCACCUCUUUAUCCAAGGAAGCAGUCAAUACCUUCUUUAGAUUCCAGAAGUGGGAAGACGGCUAGUAGUGGUCAGACCACUUCAAAUGGAAGUGGGAAAAGUGCGAAUGGGAGUGUCAAGAUCACUGUCGAUACACAUAUAUCCGAAUCGAAAAUGAUCUCGUCACCUCCAUCAGCAUAUACAUAUGGUAAAAUCAGAAGACAUGGUAGAUAUACAUCAUCACCCAUACCUUCACCUAUACCCACACCUACAGGUAUCAAUUCGCAUUACUCUGAUGUGGAUAAUAUCCCACUAUCGAUUAUAGCUCCAUUCACAGAUUGGUUGGAAUAUUCAAAUCAACAAGAGCUUAGUAACAAUAAUAACAACAACAACUUGAACGACGAUUCAUCAAGUUGUAAAUCAGCUGUACCAUCAGGAAAAACUCUACUGAGAACAAAAUCAGAAAGAUCAAAAAAAGGUAAUGGUAUUAUACUAGAUCAUCAAGGUUGGGUAGAAAGUUUACCCACUUUGAAUAAACACAAAGUAUAG